AUGUCUUCUAUCGCAAUCCCUUCCAUGCCGAACCAAGCUGGACCUUCACGUUCACGACUAUCCGACGGGGCUCUCACUAAUGGAGAAACGACAUCAACCAGUACAACAUCAACAUCAACAAUGACAGCUAGACAAAGAGAGAAAUCGCCUUUGAGGAAAAUAGAUUUGGAUGAUGUGAGAUUGGAUGAAAGCGCUUUUGAUCAUGAAAUCGAUUUGUUAAUCUCACAGUAUCUUGAAAAUAGAGGUGUACCCUCUGUAUCCCAAUUAUGGGAUGAGAGAAUUCUGGGUGUAGGGAAUCAAAUUGGAGAUGGGGAUGAGAAUGGACGAGGAGAAGGAGAGGAGAGGAGAGAUUCAAUUGAAGAUGUUGAAAGAGCUAUUUUAGAUGGAGAUUACGGUUCUAUAGAAGGGUUAAUAUCAAAACCUGGUUUACUCAAAAAUCAAACUCAGAAAUCUUUCUUAUAUUUAUGUUGGAGACAACAAUUCUUGGAACAUGUUGAGAAUCGAGAAUCACAGAAAGCUUUUAAUCUACUUUCGAAACGAUUAAAACCAUUAGAACAUUAUCAACCUGUUCCAUACGAUUUUUAUUCUUUAUCAUAUUUGACAUCAGCUUCUACUGUUCACGAUGCUCCUACUUUCAGAGAUUGGGCUGGAGUUGGUCCCGAACGAGAAAGGUUGGUUGGUGUAUGGAGAGAAUUGAUGGGUUCUGAAAGAGAUCAAGACCACGAGAAACGUUAUGUUCCUCCGAAUAGACUGAAAAUGCUCCUAAAACAAGCUGCAGCUUGGCAAAUCAAUCAAGUCGGAUAUACAAAUAAUGGAGCUAUCAAAUUACCUACCCUCCUGAUGGACUAUGAGCCUCUCCGACUUCCUGGUCGAUUGAUAAAUCUCCUCAAAGGUCAUACGGCAAAUGUGAAGAGUGUUGAUCUGAUAGGACCCAACGGAGAUUUAGGUGUUAGUGGAGCGAGCGAUUCUACACUACGCAUUUUCUCUUUGGAAGAUUACUCAACUCGCCAUAUACUUCAAGGACAUACAUCCAGGAUAUGGAGCUGUUCUUCCUCAGAUGAUGGAUCGACAAUAGUCAGUGGAUCAGGAGAUGGAUCAAUCCGAUUCUGGAAUGUGAAUACAGGUGAAUGUAAUGGUGUUUUACAAGGUGAUGGAGGUGAUGUAUACAGUGUCAGGUGGCGACCUGGCAAACAGAACCAAAUCGUUUCAGCAAGUUAUGAUCGUAUACUUCGUUCGUGGGAUAUAGAAACUUCAAAACAGAUUAGAACUUUUUCAGGUCAUAGUCAAUCGACUUUAGCUGUCACGUUUGAUUACACUGGAAAUAUCAUCGCAUCUGGAUCAAAAGACAAACACAUCAGACUGUGGGAUGCGGUGGGAGGUACAUGUAUUAAAAAUAUGACUGGAUGUUUAGGUGAAAUCACUUCUGUAGAAUUUGAUCAACAAGGUAGAUAUCUCUUGGCGGGAUGUAAAGACAAUUCAAAUAGGUUAUGGGAUUUACGUAUGCAACGUAAUCUAUAUCGAUAUAUAGGACAUCAAAAUACAUCUAAAAACCUGAUUCGAUGUUCUUUCGCUCAUAACGCUUCUCUGGUAAUUGGCGGUUCAGAAGAUGGUUGUGUUUAUAUAUGGGAACGAGAAGGAUCAUCUUCAUCAUCUAAACAAGGUGAUGAUAGGCAUAAUGGGAUGUUAUCGUCAAAUACAAAUACAAAUACGAAUCCAAAUUCCAAUAUCAGUAAUCCUGAUUCUACAAUAGCAUCGUUCUAUCCGCCCAGACAGAAAAUCAUAUCGACAAACCUACUCCAUACGAAUGUACAAACUGUCAAUCCAAUUAGGGUAUUAGAAGGUCAUAGAGACGGUGCUGUUUUUGACGUUAAAUGGAGAAAUGGGAAAUUGAUUAGCGCAGGUGAAGACGGCCUGGUCGGUAUUUGGGGUUAA